AUGCAGGGCUUCAGCGUGUGGACUCGGGUGGUGACGGGCGCUGUGUUGCUGUCCGUCGUUUUAGGUGCUGAAAUUGACGGCACGAAUGUGAAUUUGGAUUUGGAUACCAGAGCCAUCAGAGAUUUUUAUCCAAAAGACCCGAAUCUGACCAACGAAAAGCAGCUUCUGGGGGCUCUGCACGACGUUCUAGAAAAGCUACAGAGUAAACGUAUCUCACUUUGGGAGAAAAAGUUUGGACGGGUUCCCUUGUGCGACGUUGGUGAACAGUGUGCUGUUAGAAAAGGCUCUCGGAUUGGUAAAAUGUGUGACUGUCCUCGUGGAGCGUUUUGUAAUUUCUUUCUGUUAAAGUGCUUGUAA